AUGACAGAAGUUGAGAUUACACCAAAACAUUUGAAAUUUAAAAAAAUUGGACAAGAAAAGACAAUUACUGUCAAGAACAAUAGGAAGGUUGUGCUUAAUUUUGCAUUCAGGCUUUUCAAAAAUUAUGAGAUAGCCCCAACUGCCCUUUAACUACUUCCAGGGGAGGCUACUGUAGUAACGGUUAAAUUAAGGAAUGUUGAAGCUCAAGAGGACUUUAUUUACAUAAAAGGAGAUAAUUUAGAUUGCAGAAUUGCAGUUACUUUUGAAUGUGAUUCAGAUCGUUUGGAUUAAUAUAUUGAUUAAGAUGUCCAAAAUAGGACGAUGACAUCACCAGGAUUUGGAAAUUUAUAGACAUUUGGCAAUGUUAGAAGUGAAUAAUUUAAUGCAGAAGAAAAUAAAAUACUUCAACAAAGAGUCAACUAUCUAACUUAAUAAAACCAGUUGCUUAAUGAUGCUUUAGAACAAUUUAUGAACUAAGAGAUGGAUGGUAAUUCUAUCAAGGAGUUAUUGAAUCACUUAAUCGAAUAGGAACGAUAGGAUAUUGAAUUUAGGAGUCAAAGAGUUUUAUUAAUGAUUGAGGAGAAAGAUAGAGAAAUUGAGGAUUUAAGAUUGCAACUAUAGAAACAGUAAUUCAACAGUAAUACCAAAGAUUAACUCAAAGAGUUAGUUAAGGAGAAUGAAAGAUUAUAGAUGAAAAUCUAAGACUAUCAAGCUAGAGAGUAAUAUUUCAAUCAGCAUUAACCUGAGAGGGAGAGUUAUGUGAUGUUGUAUCGUAAAUAUGAAAGCGUGCUUGAUCAAAAUAAGAAAUUAGAAUUGAUUAAUAGAUCAAUGAAUGAUGAAGUUGAAAUCAUUGCAAAAAGAUUAAAUGAUAGUGGAUUAUAGAAUUCAAACAUCAGAGUUGAAGAAACUAGAGAUGAAUUAGUAGAUAGGUUGAAUGCUCGUAUUACUUAACUUAAACUAAGAGAAGAGAAGUUACUUGAAGAGAAUGCUCGCUUAGAGGAAAUGCUUAUCCACUAACAAGGAUCAAGUUAAAAUUUUUCAUCAAAUCAAUCUAAAAAUUUAACAGAUGAUCUAUUAAAAAAAGAGUAUCAAAUAUUGGAAAAGUCAAAGAAAGAAUUAGAAAAAAGAUGCAAUGAUACAUUAUCCAAAUCUCAAUUGCUAGAAAAGUAAGUAGAUGAAUAAACCAAAUAAGCUGGGUAUUUGGGAGAUGAAUUGUGGAAAAGUCAAAGAGAUAAUGAAAAGUUAAGAUAAGAAAUCAAAAAAUUAAAGGAAUAAGAUGAAUUAAUUAAAAAGGAAAGAUUAGAAUAUGAGUCUUAGAUUUAUGCUCUAGAAUAAACAUUAAAAUAAGCUAAUAGUUUAUAGGAUGUAAAAGAAGAAGCCAAAAAGAGAUGGGAAGAAGAAAUUAAUAAAUUAUAAGGUAGUUAUGAAAAUGAAAUUGUUGCUUAUUAAGAUGAUGCCUAAAAAUUAAAAAAAAUUAUUAAUGAUUUAAAAAAAGAGAACGAACUUACAAAUACUCAGUUAAAAGAAACAUAAUAUAAACUAGAUUAAAAAUUACAAUAAUUAUCUUAACAGGAAGAAUAAAUGUAAGAAUUACAAUUCAAAUAUCAAAAACUCUAGAAGAUUAAUCAGUAAAAUUAAAUUGACAUAGAAAAAACAAAAAGUGAAUUCAUUGUUCUCAAAGAAAAAACAGAUGUUGAAUUACAAAGAAGAGAUAACCUCGAAAAGUAAUUCUAAGAUAGAUAAUUAUGUCUCUAAGAUCAAAUUAAUAAUAUUAUGAAAGAGAAGUCAAUUACAUAAAGUGAAUUACAAUUAGAAAUGAAUAAAUUAUGUUAAUAGCAUAAAGCAUCUAUUGAUUAAUUAUUAAUGGAUAACAAAUCAUUAGAAUAGCAAUAUUUAUUCGCAUAAGAUCAACUCAAAGUCUAAAGAGAUUAAUACUCUUAAAGAGAGGAUGCCUUAAUAAGAGAAGUUAGAAGUAUGUAAGAAAAAAUAGAAAAAUUAGUUUAGAAAUAGAAAGAAAAAUAGAGAAGAAACAGUAAAAGUAUCAAUUCUUCAGUCGAUAAAACAGCAGCCCCUACUUUUAAUAAUAUCGAAGAAGAAAGAAGAUUAACUGAUUUAUAUAUGUAGAAAAUUAGAGAAUUGGAGUAAGAAUUAAAUAACUCCAGAUAAUAAAAAAUGUAAAUUGAAUUUGAUUUCAAUCAACUAAAGACAAAAAGUACAUUUUUGUAAUAAAGACAAGCAAAAGAUCUUUUAGCUUAAUAGUCACCCGUCCUUGCUGAUGAUCUCAAUGAACUCAAAGAAACUAUGGUUGAAAUGAGAUUAGAGAGAGACAAGAUAAUUAAUUAGCUCUAAGAAAAGGAUUAUUAAAUUGAUCAUCUGAACUAAUAAAUUUAAGAGUAUGCUUCCCUUGUUUAAUAAUAACAAGGAAAUCUCGAAUAAAUGGAAAUUAAAUUAAGUUAUAUAAAUGAUGAUUUCAAAAGGACUCUUGAAUAAAAGAAUGCAGAAUUGCAUAAACUCAAGCUUGAACUUAACAUAAGAGAAGAAUAGAAUUAAGUUUAUCAAGAAUAAGCUAAGUUAUUAACAAAUGAGAGAAGAGAGAUAAAUGAGAAGUGUUAUAUAUAAAAUUUUGAAAUUGAAUAAUUGAAAACCAAUCAUCAAGAGGUUGAAACAUCAAGAAAACAAUUAAUCUAAGAACUUAGAUAAAAGAUUGAUGUAUUAAUUAAGGAUAAUGAAGAAAAUUCUGAAAUCAUUCAAAAGAUUAAUACUGAAAUUGUUAAUCAAAAGGAAAUAUAUGAGGAAAUUAUUGAAAGAUAGGAUAAUACUAUGGAAUUAAUUAGUGAGAAGUUCAAUUAAGAUAUUUAAGAAUUGUAAUGCAGAUAAAAUUAAUAUUUCAAUUAGAAUGAUGCUUAUAAAAAGAGUUUAAAUCCCACUAAAGAAUAAUAAUGGUUUAAAGAGUUGAUUCAAUCAUACCAUGAUAAUGUUGUCUAACUUGCUCAGAAUAUGUAGAAGUAGAAAUAAAAUAAUGAUAAAACUAAAUAACUAUAGUAAACUAUUAACCAAUAAAAAUAAUAACUCAAAGAAUUAUCUGAUAAAUUAGUCACUCUUCAAACAGAAAAUUAGAAUUUAACUAAAAAAAUUGAAAAACAUAAACCUAAAAUUCCAAGUCUUAAAAAACCAUCCACAACAACAAAACCAUCUUAAUAAAAUAAAUAGAAAUCUGAUGAAUAAGUACCUAUUACCUUGCUAUUACAACAAGGCAAGGUGGCUGAAGUUGAGUCUAAAUCUAAUCAAUAUAUAAUUUAAUUGAAAUUAGCUGAAUAAAAGAUUGAUCAAUUAAAACAAGCUAAUUUGAUUUAUGAAUAGGAAUUAAAAAAAAUUAAUUAAUCAACUUCAUAUUUACAAGAUUUACUUAAGAAUAGGGAUUAAACAAUUCAAGAACUUUAAAAGCAAUACAAAUAAGAAAAUCAAAAAAUAAUUAAUGAAUUAAAUUAGGUUUAAAAUAAAUUUGUACCUGAAGACAAAGUUUAAGCUCUCAAUGAAGUUAUUACUUAAAAAGAUCAAUUAAUUAAUUAAUUGAAGGAUGAGAUAUAAAGGAAAAAAGAUGUAGCUGAUUAAUUUAGAGGAGAUAGGGAAGAUCAAAAAUAAAUUGUUGAAAAAAUAAAAAAAUAAAAUGAGGAAUUAUUGGCAGAAAAUGAUAAGUUAAAAAGAAUAAAUAGAGAUAAUGAAAGGUAAAGCACCAAUUUCAAAGAGUUCAAAGAGAAAUAUGAUCAAAUGAAAGUUUAAGAGAAAUAAAUAUAAGAUGAAAUUAAGAGUAUAUAAGAAAAAAAUAAAUAACUUAAGUAGGACAAUACAAGGAAGGAUGCUAACAUAAAAGAAUUAAGAGAUAAAAUCGAUUAGCUUUAAAGUUAGAAACCAAAUGAUACUGAAAAAUCAGAUUUAAUUUAAUAAGUUAAGAAACUAAAAGAUGAAAUCAAUAGAAAAGAUUAAGCAAUCAAGCAUUUUAGAUAGAAGUUUGAAGAGAAGUCAAAUGAAUUUGAAAUUUAUAAGAAUGACUAUGCCUCUAAAUAUGCAUAAACUGUAUCAGAGUUAGAAAAGGAAAUGAGGAAAAAUGAAUAAGGGAAAAUUGGAAGCAAGAAGUUUGAAAAUUAAGUCAAUAUGCUGAUUUUCUUAUUAAAACGUAUAUACAGAGAGAAUUAUAUGGAAUUAAAUAAGGGUAACCAAGCCAAGGUUGGGAUUAAGGGCGAAAAUAAACCUAAAAAUAUUGCUAAAUUUUCAGAGUCAAUGAACAUUCUAAAUUUGGGUCCUGAAGAUCUUGAAGAGUUUUUAGAGCCAAACAUAUCUGUAACCACAAUUAAAAAAACAAAUAAUAAAGAUUUGGAUAGAUUCGAGACUCUAUUUAUGAAUCCUGAUCAAUUAGAUGUAAACCAAAUUUUUAAUAUGAUAAACAAUAUUAUUACUGAAAGAGUAAACUGCGGGUGAAUAGUAUGAAUUACUUAAAAAUUAGUUUUAUUAUAAUAAUUUAUAUAUUUUUGU